AUGCUCCAAAAUGAAGGUUUGAGGCAGGUACAUGAUAUGCUAGUACCUCAUGAUGAUCAAAGUACUCAGCCAAGUGAAUUUGUUCCUCAUCUGUUCUAUUCGCUGUAUCAAAUUCGCAAGGAUCCAAGUAAUUCCAACCAAUUGGAAACUUCGACGGGAUUCAUUAAACAUAGGCUAAAAAACUGUAAAAGCUUAAUAGCUACAAAUGAAGACUGCCGUAAUCUGUUGAGCAAGAGUGUUGAGGAAUGGCAACAAGAUAUUCGUAACAAAGAGAAGGAGCUAGAGGUCAAGCGUAAGAUGUUGGAUGAUUUGGGUAAACGUCUACAAGUAUUUAAGGAACGUAAGUAA